ACGCGAGGCUACCAUACGCGUUCAGUAGUUGCGGUCCGCCGGUGAGCACUUAUUGACAUUUCGGGUCAUCCGCCGCGCGCGCACACCGAAGUCGGUUACUUCCUCUCACCGCCGUUCGUGUAUUAAAUAAUAAUUGUUUUGCCGCCAAUUUUUCCAAAGGUACCCACCCAGGAAACAUCGCGACAUGUCUGAAUCGCUCUCGCUGACCGGCAUCGGACCGCCGUCCGACACCAAGGAUCAAAAAUCAAAAUCGUACGCAGUGAACAUGCAACAGGAAAACAUGUCGCUCAACGCCAAUGGAUCUCCGCCAUACGAUCCUCACGCGCACAGGAUACUUGAACAUCCCACCACAAAUUCCGAGACGCUCAUCCACUUGCUCAAAGGCAGUUUGGGAACCGGGAUUCUGGCUAUGCCCAAUGCCUUCUACAACUCCGGACUUCUCAUCGGAACCGUGGGCACCAUACUUAUCGGCAUCCUGUGCACGUAUUGCUUGCACGUCUUGGUUAGAUCUCAGUACCUGUUGUGCAAGAAACACCGAGUGCCCAUACUCAGCUAUCCGGAUUCCAUGAAAUACGCCCUACAAGACGGUCCGGCCUUUUUGAAAUUCGGAGUUCCUCUUUCUGCGCUUAUCGUUGACGGGUUCUUGAUCGUCUACCAACUGGGAAUAUGUUGCGUGUACAUCAUGUUCAUCGGGACCAGCAUCAAACAGGUGUUGGACAUUUACAUCGAACCGAUGAACGAGCGGUACUACAUGUUGAUGAUGCUGAUCCCAUUGGUGGCCAUCAAUCUCAUCAGAAACUUGAAGCUGUUGGCGCCUUUCUCGCAGGGGGCAAACAUCAUCACGUUUGCCGGACUCGCCAUUGUGCUCUGGUACAUAUUCACCGACCUGCCACCCAUUUUUUCGAGACCGUUGGUUGGCGAACCGAGAAAUUACACCCUGUUCGUGGGCACAACCCUGUUUGCGUUGGAAGCUGUCGGCGUGGUACUGGCGCUGGAGAACAAUAUGAAAACCCCUGCGUCCUUCGGUGGCACAACCGGCGUACUUAACAUCGGUAUGACCAUCAUCACAGUUAUGUACGUUGGUAUGGGCUUCUUUGGGUACGUCAAGUACGGCGAAAUUGUACAGGGCAGCGUGACGCUCAACCUACCGAAUGGGGACAUCCUCUCGCAAGCGGUAAAACUUAUCUUCGCGGUUGCCAUAUUCAUCACGUACGCGCUCCAAGCUUACGUGCCAGUGGAAAUCAUCUGGAAUACGUACAUGAAGAAGAGAGUUCAAAACUGGGACAAGACGACCAUGGAAUAUCUGCUCCGUAUCAGCGUUGUGCUCAUUACGUUCCUGCUGGCCGUCGCCAUUCCGCUGUUGGACUUGUUCAUAUCGCUGUUCGGAGCUCUCUGUCUGUCCGUGUUGGGCAUCGGGUUCCCGGCGCUCAUCGAGAUCUGCGUCCUGUGGCCUGAACGCAACUUCGGUCGCUUCAAUUACGUACUCAUCAAGGACAUCAUAUUGAUCAUCAUCGGCAUCCUGGCCCUGGUGCUGGGCACGUACAUCAGCUUGCAGGACAUCGCCCGCAAGUUGUAGCGCGGAUACGACAUUUAAUAUUAUUAUUUCAGCCUAUAUACUAUAAGUUAUUCCCUAUAUACAUGUAACGCGAAGAAGAAUAUUUACCAACAGUGCCCAUAAUAUUUUACUAUUAUUAUUAUUAUUAUUAUUUUUACGAUUGUGAGCAUAUUUUUAUUUCAUUUUAUUUAAUUUUUUUUUUUUAAAGUAUUUAAUUUAUGCGUGAACGUAAAUCGCGCGCGUGUUCACAGGGUCGUCGUCGAAAAAACGACGAGGUUUACGUUUCACCAAGUAAUUUUAUCCUUAAAAGUCUUCGGACAUGGCUGUCGUAGCGCCUUAGUACCUAAGUAACCUACUCGGUGGUGAGAAAUCCGUUGGGACUCCUCACGUACUGAUCGAAAACGGAAUUCGCGACCGAUUCGAUCAAAUUGUACUUUUUAUUCACCGGAAGGGACAGUACCAUUAUAUUUACUUCUGAUGUUUGCCUCCGCCGUGUGAAGGCGUUCGACACUAAAAUAUAGGGCGAGAGUAGCUCAAUUUUUUUGACUUUUUUUUUGUAAAAGAAUUAUACUAUGAAAUUCGUUAUUAGUAUACGCUGUUAUCAUUUUGAACAGUGGCAAUAUUUUAUUUUUAUACAAAAUACGGAUUUUAUAGUGCCUUUAGACAAUAAAUUAUAAUAAUAAUGUUAAACUUAAUAAAAUAAUGAAUAUUAAAUACUGUUUAGAAGGUGUUAUGCAUAGUUAUAUAUUAUAAUAAUCUCUAAAUAUGCAUCAUAAUUAAAAGAAGAAAACAAUGUUAUGUGCAGUUACUGACAUAUUUUGUUGUAAGAACCACAUUCUUAUUGUAAGUUUGAUUUAGUGACUGAGACUCUAUUAGUAAUAAAUAAUAAUAAUAUUUUUGUUAAUAUUGCAAUAACAUUGUUAUGUUCGGGCAAAUGUGUCCAUAGUAAAGCUGAUUAUUUUUAAAUACUAUACAUUAAGAUUUUAUAAAACAUUGUGUAAAUAAACACUAUUAUAUCAAUAAUAA